GACAUCAGUCGCCGUCAUCGUCGCUGCCCAGACAGUCGCACCGAGAGUCUUCGCAUCGCAUUGGCCUUCAAAUCGUGCGCAGCUUAGCUUCCAUUCAGGUCGCCAAAUAGUAGUGAGUGACGCACUGAAAAAAAUUUCGCAAUUUUUACGUGCAAUUAGAAUUUCGUUUGUCAGUUUUUGCGUGAACCGGCAAUAAGCGGCCAACACGUGUUGCGACCAACCAGCAUAAUACAUAACAUGAAAUAAAGUGCUCCACAAAAAGACAAAAAAAAAGAAGCAAAUUUCGCCGGUUGUCAAACGCGCAGAGCACUUUAAAAGCGCUCUCUCGUUCUAUCUCUUUUAUGCUCUUUCGUUCGUUUCGUUCGCUCAGUGCAAAGUACACGUCACCAACAACAACGCGUCACGCGAUACGCAUUUCAAAGAAAGCCAACAACAAGAGCACACAACAACACAAAAUUCGCACAUUCAUAUUCAUUAGUGAUUCAUUGAAUCGAAGCAAAGUCAGUUUAACGCGUGACGCCGGCAACACAAGACGUGUGUGCGCUCUCUCUGUAUCUCUAUCUCUGUCUCUGUUCUGUCUCGAAAUGGGCUACGAUGAAGUGAUUGUGCAGUUGGGUGAUUUCGGACGCUACCAGAAGAUAAUCUUUUUGCUCAUCGCCCUCACUUCGAUACCCGUUGCCUUCCACAAACUCGCUGGCGUUUUUCUACUCGCCAAGCCCGACUUUCGUUGUGCGCUGCCAAGUGAUCCUCAAAAUGCAAGCUAUGCACUGGCUACGGAACUCAAGGAGUUGGCUUACUCUGCGCAGGAUAAUUGCGCAUAUUAUCAGGUGGAUAUUGCGGAUAAUGGCAGCUACUACCGAAACCCAAAUCAGACGACGCCGCAGCAAUGCACUCGCUAUAUCUACGAUCAGUCCAAGUAUCUGAACAGCGCUUACACCGAAUUCGAUUUGGUUUGUGGUCGCAAAUUUCUCGCCUCGACCAGUGAAUCGAUCUUCAUGCUGGGCGUCUUACUCGGGAGCAUUAUCUUUGGCCAACUGAGUGAUAAAUAUGGCAGGAAACCGAUCUUCUUUGCCUCGCUGGUAAUACAAGUGAUCUUUGGCGUUGUCGCUGGCAUUGCUCCAGAAUAUUUCACCUACACCAUCGCCCGCUUAAUUGUGGGAGCCACCACAUCCGGAGUGUUCCUCGUGGCCUAUGUGAUUGCCAUGGAAAUGGUUGGACCGAGCAAGCGUCUCUAUGCGGGCAUCUUUGUGAUGAUGUUCUUCUCGCUGGGCUAUUUCGGGAUGGCUUUAUUUGCCACCUUCAUCCACGAUUGGCGCUGGCUGCAGAUUGCUUUUACGCUGCCGGGAUUGAUUUUCAUGACCUACUAUUGGAUCAUACCGGAGUCGGUGCGUUGGCUGCUCUCCAAGGGACACAAGGAACGUGCCAUCAAAAUCAUUCAGCAGGCGGCGCGAUUCAAUCGCGUGGACAUCACCAAGGAGGCGUUGCAGGUGCUCCUGGAUGAGGGCGACAAGCAGCAGCCGGAGGAGAAGCAGCAGCAACAGGAGCAGGAUCAACCGGAGCAAGCUGCAUCGGUUUGGGAUUUGCUGCGUUAUCCGAAUCUGCGACGCAAGACGCUUGUCAUCUUCUUCGACUGGUUGGUCUGCACCGGAGUCUACUACGGCUUAUCCUGGAGCACCAAUAAUCUGGGAGGCAAUGUCCUGCUCAACUUUGUCAUCUCGGGUGCCGUGGAAAUUCCCGCCUAUUGUUUUCUGCUGCUCACUCUGAAUCGCUGGGGAAGACGCUCGAUUCUUUGUGGUUGCAUGUUGGUUGCUGGCUGUGGUUUGAUCCUGUCGGCUGCAGUGCCUCAGGACAUGCAUUGGCUCGUCGUCACGUGUGCCAUGAUUGGCAAAUUGGCCAUCACGGGAUCGUAUGGCACGAUUUAUCUCUUCUCCAGCGAACAGUUCCCCACUGUGGUGAGGAAUGUGGGCAUGGGAGCUGCCUCGAUGGUGUCGCGUCUCACGGGGAUGUUGGCUCCCUAUUUGAAUGACAUGGUUGUCAUUUGGCCAGCGUUGCCCAUGAUUGUCUAUGGCUCGCUCUCGUUGGCCGCCGGUUUCAUGUCCCUCCUGUUGCCAGAGACACUCAACAAACCAACUUUAGAGACAAUUGCCGAUGGCGAACGUUUUGGCAAGAAGGAACGCUUGGAUGCGGCUUACUUGGAGACGGGCAAGGCGAUGGAGGUGCAGCCAUUGAAUGCUCCAGUGGCCAAUGGCAAGAGUAAUGGCCACAAAUACUAGAAAAGAUCCGUGCAACUAACUGUACUUAAAUCGGACCAAAACUUAGCACAUUUUCCUACUCUUAAAUUUUUAAAAGACGAAAGUAUUAUAUUUCAGAAAUCUCAUAAGCAUGCCAAAAACACACACGAAAAGAAACUAAAAA